AUGGCUGUUUUCUGGAGAAUCCUAGCCAUUGAAAUCUGGUUCUUUUGCAUCUGCGCCAACGUAUACUGUCUACCCGACACGACCGUAUCGUACAUAAUUUGCAAUGGGAUCAAGAUUCCCCACUGUAGUGCUUACGGCCUUGCGGUGGAGGGUGUCAUUGAUGAUCUAGCAGGGCAAACGGCAAAUAAUGGCUACAACUAUUACACUCGAUCUACGAACUCGGCCCAAGUUUGCUAUGGCCACGCGGCUUGCGCUGGGCACCUUUCGAGUUUUGAUUGCCAUCGGUGCUUGGUAAAUGCCGGGUACGACCUCGCAAAUGGGUGCCCCGAUAAUACCGGGGCGCAAGAGCAACUCAAAGAUUGUCGGAUGACGUACGAGAAUUAUGAAUUCAAGGAGUGA